CAGCCAUGGCGAGCGCGAGUGGGUGCCCCUCGCCGGCGUCGUCUUAUCUCAAGCAAGGCGAUACGCUGUCGUGUGUAUCCCUCGGAACCGGCAUGAAAUGCCUCCCGUCAAGUAGGCUCGCCCGCGCAAAGGGCAAUGUCUUGCACGACUGGCACGCCGAAGUCGUGGCCAUCAGGGCGCUGAACCGCCAUCUCGUCGACGAAUGCCUGCGCAUCUCAACACCACCAUAUCCGCAGUCGGACGUCUUGCAACCAGCCCCACACGGCUCGCCCCAGCGCUUUACCAUCCGAGACAAUGUCUCGCUGCACAUGUACUGCUCGGAAGCCCCCUGCGGCGACGCCAGCAUGGAACUCACCAUGGCGCUGCAAGCCGACGCCACGCCCUGGACCAGUGCGCCGCCGACGCUUCAAGCCAGCAGCCCAGCACACGAAUCCACUUGUUCUUCUUCAGAAUCACAAGAUAGCAAUCCCAGCGCCCUCCGCGGCCGCUCAAACUUCUCUCAUCUCGGCGUCGUCCGCGCAAAACCAUCCCGCCCAGACGCGCCCCCUACCCUCAGUAAAUCGUGCUCAGACAAGCUCGCCCUAAAGCAAUCUCUCUCCCUCCUCUCCUCCACCACCUCUCUCCUCAUCAGCCCCCGAAAUGCCUAUCUCGACACGCUCAUCCUCCCCGCCUCGCAGUACAUUCCGUCUGCCUGUUCGCGCGCCUUUUCGGCCUCUGGGCGUCUGAAAAACGUGCUUGACCUGCAUCUAGAGCAAAAUUGGUCCCAUGGCUACAAGUUCCAUCCCUUUACCGUGCUUCCCACGACGCAUGAAUUCGCGUGGUCCCGCCGCGCGGUGCGUGCCCCGACUGAAAAAGCCAUUCCAAGCAACUUGUCUGCAGUGUCGACGCCGCACUGGCAGGAGACGCUCAUCGGCGGCGUGUUGCAGGGCCGCAAGCAAUUCGACGUCCGGGGCGCCAGCCGCAUUUCGCGACGUGCAAUGUGGAUCCAGAGCGUGCGUCUUGCGGGGUUACUCGCCGUGUCUGGGGCAUGCAGUAGUGCGGAGAAGAAGCAAAUGUAUGCGGAUAUGAAACAGAGUGAUGAGCUCGCGGCACGGCGGAGAGUCAAGCAAGAUGUCACGGGUGUAUUGGGGGGAUGGAUACGCAAUUCGGGAGAUGAAGAGUGGGUGCUUUGAAGCUCAUCGCAUUGUACAUGGACAUUUUUACAUGUGUAGAAAGAAUAUUAAAAUACUUGCC